AUGAAAAUGGAUGUUUGCCAAAACGUAACACUUUCUGGUGACUGCAAACAAGAGAAGCUCAUGAACCCUUCAAGUAGUCUUGAUGACCUUUUUUCAGCUCAAAACAUGGAAGUGAAUGUUGAAAUGGAGUGGCUUUCGGUGUUUGUUGAAGAUUGUUUCUCAAGCCCACAAAGCUGUGUUUUGUUACCCUCUAGUGUUCAAAACACAACAAGUACAAACAUCUCAACAAACCCUUCAAACACAAUGAACAAACCAAAGCAACAAAAUGAGUCACCUUUUGCAGUACCAGGGAAAGCAAGAAGCAAAAGGAAGAGGCUUUCAGCUCCAAGAAGAACAAAAGACCCUUUAAGCAUUUUAUCAAACACCUUAAACCCACAAAAUGAGUCACUAUGUUAUGACCCUCCUCUUCUAAAACAAACCUAUUGGUUAGCUGACAGUGAACUCAUUGAACCCAAAGUUGAUAUCAACACUGAGGUUGCUGAAAAGGAAAUUGUGAAAAAGGAAAGGUUUGAUUUUGAGGGUUUUGAGAAUGAUGUCAACAAUGGACAAAAUCAAGUUCUUCCAACAAGAAGAUGCACUCAUUGUUUGUCACAGAGGACUCCACAAUGGAGAGCUGGACCACUAGGACCAAAGACAUUGUGCAAUGCUUGUGGUGUGAGGUACAAAUCUGGAAGGUUGUUGCCAGAGUAUAGGCCUGCUAAGAGUCCAACUUUUGUGAGCUAUUUGCAUUCUAAUUCUCAUAAGAAAGUCAUGGAGAUGAGGAUGAAUGUUGUGUCUUCUAUUCCUAGUGAGUAG